UGGAGGAGGUAGCACCAAGCUCACCUGGGCCACUAUUGACAGAGGCGUGGAAGUUGGAUGUUUGGACCAGGUGGAGCAACGUCAGGUACGCCUGCAAAGGCAGAAGAGAAAGGAAAGAGAUGCGACCGCUUCUGGGACCCCGGGGGUAACAAGGAUUGUUACAGGCGUAUUGGCACAGCUGGGGUAUGCGACAGAGUCAGUGGUGCAAAGAAGGGUAGUGACGGCUGUCCGAGUAAAAGGAAAGGAGCCGGUGCUAGAGGAGGCUGUUCAGGAGGAGCUCUGGGAAGAGGAAGAGUCGGUGCCGCAGCACCUGACGAAGGCCUAGCGCAAACUCACAGGGAAGCGUGGCCGGAGGUGGGAACCAGGGGUAGGGCAAUCAAGGCAACGGAGAGAGGGGUGGAGGAAGGGGGCGAGGCAGGAAUGGCGGCGGAAGAGGAGGACAAUGGAAUAGUCAAGGCCGAGGAAACCAAGGCCAGGGGUACCAAGGCCAGGGGAAUCAGAGGCCAAGGGUACCCAGGUGAGGGGCAUCAAGGCCAGGGGGAUCAGGGAAGUCAGGGGUAUGGGAGACCCCAUUUUGACUGGAGGACGGCCAUCUGCCAGCAUUGUGACCAGCAAGGCCACACCAUAAGGUUCUGUAACAUAAAACGGGAAGACGAGAGGAGCGGGUUGAUCUCCUCCACCAUGGAUGAGAACAUUUACAAUCAAUUUGGGGAGGUCAUUGACAGAAGGCUUGGAGGAGUGAGAGUGGAAGCCCAACGAAGGGCGGCAGCAGGGCCGCCGUCCCCUGCCACAUUCAGUCUAUGGCAGGAAAAGGAGAAACCACCAAUUGGGGUAGAGGAAGUGGGGAGCGACGAGGAAGUGACACGAGGGCCACGAGGAGGAAGCAAGAGGGAAGAGCCCAUAAUCGUCGAAUCGGAUGACGAGGACGAGGAAACAAGGGUGGAACCAUCGUCUGCCUUAUUGGGAAAGAUGGAGGACCUGCUGAACAAGGUAGGAAGGAAAGAGGUCGUGGAAGUAGAGGAUGACGAUGAUGAAGAGGAAGAAGAUGAGAGGCUGCGCCGAGAAGAGGAUCAGAGGGCGGAGCAGCGGGCAAGGAAAAUGGGUACCAGGGGAGAGGCCGAGCCAGUCAUACGUGACGGAGCACCCAAAAAGAAGAAAUAUGCGGUUCGGUUGGAAGAGGGAUUUGAUGUAGAGAAAGUGAUUGAGCGGCUGCUGGAAGGGCAUAAUGACCUCAUGACCCUGAAGGAAAUCCUAGCGUCAGCCCCGCGACUCCGCGAUGAAUUGAAAGGGAGGUCGUCGCGGCGCUUGGUGCCCAACGUCCAUCUGGGUACGAUCCUGCCCAAGGAGGCAAAGUGGGCGGAGUCGGGCACGAAAAUAGAUUGGAAGUGCGUGGUCUGCGGCACGGUGGACUUAGUGGUGAAAGGAUCCAAGUACGCAGCAAUAGUGGACACCGGGGCGGAAAUGAACAUCAUCCGGGAGGAGGAUGCUAUCAAAUUCGGGCUAGACAUAGACCAAUAUGAAUGCGGUAUUUUGCACGGCGCCAGCUGUAAGGCCGUGUUUUGUGGGACAGCCUCGAAUGUACUCAUCGAGAUUGGAAAGGUGAAGGUUCGAGUUUGCUUCUUCAUCAUGCCGGACGUGGACCAUGGGAUCCUCCUAGGCAGGGGACGGCUCAAGAAGGGUUCCCAAAAGCGGUACAAGACGGUAGACAAGAAGUGUCGCCCAGUUCCCGUCCUCGUUACGGAAGACGAGGAAGCAUACUUCGAGAGGGAACGAGGGUUGAUACGCCAAAUGAGGGAAAGUGUUCUAGCAAGACCAUGUUGUAUCAACGAAGGAAAUGAGGGGAAGUUGAUUAUAGGAGAGCCCGACUUCCUACUGCCUCAGGAGCGAACGUUGAUGGUGGAGUUGAUGAAAAAGAGGCAUCGCGCCUAUGCGUUUAGUUACGAGGAGCGUGGCAGGCUGGAUGUGGACAAAAUACCUAUGAUCCGCAUCCACACUGUGCCACACGAGCCUUGGAACAUGAGAGGGGCGCGAUAUCCUAAUCCUGACGAGGAGAAGAAGGUGGUGGAUUACCUCGACGGCAAGAUACGUACGCACGUCGCCGAUUAUUCGAGUGGGCCGUAUGCGUCCCCGUGGUUCUGCUUCAUCAAACCUAACGGGACGCUGCGGUGGGUGCAAGAUUUGCAGAGGCUGAAUGCGGUAACCGUGCGGGAUGCUGGAGGAAUGCCAAAUGCGGAUGCUCUGUCAGAAUCCUGUGUUGGAAGGCCUAUAAUCUCACUUAUAGACCUCUACUCAAGAUAUGAUCAGUUUCCAGUCUACCCGCCGGAUAGGCCGGUGACGGCUAUGCACAUGCCACGAGGAUUAAUCCACAUGAAUGUGGCCCCACAAGGGUGGACCAACGCGGUAGCAAUGGUCCAACGGGCCAUGAUUCGUGUUAUGCAGUCAGUCAGCCCUCAUAUCACACAACCAUACAUCGAUGAUUUGGCAGUGAAGGAUUGCGACGAAGUCUCGCCAGGGGUAAGACGCUUUGUUUGGAAGCACAUCCAGGACCUCGAUAAGGUCCUGAGCCUGCUCGAGGAGAAUAACCUCAUGGCGAGCGGGGCAAAAUCAAGACACUGCAUGAGGGAAGCAACUAUCUUGGGGUUCGUCUGCAGCGAGAAGGGCCGAACGCCGGAUGCGAAGAAGACGGACAAGAUUACUGAGUGGCCAGUUCCUUUCCACUCAAUAACUGAUGUCAGGAGCUUCCCUGGAAAGCCUCGACCAGUCAGGCUCGUUGAACCCGGCAGGGAAUGCGGACGAAGUGCCCGAGAGCCAGGACGACGAGUUCGAGGGGGGGAGAUUAAGGAGGUCUUUCGUGCAGAAGAGUAUGAUGGAAUUUACCUAGAGUUGGGGCUUCUCUUGUCUUGCGAGAUGCGGCUAAGGGAUGCAAGCGAUAGGGCUCAGAGGAUGCUCCAACGCUACUUAGUGCGAGACAGUCACCUUUUCGUAAGAAGAGAAGUGGGGAAUCCCAGGAGAGUCGUCUGCGGUAGGAACCGCCAGAUUGACGUCGUAGCAGCACUUCAUGAUGACAUUGCAGGAGGGCAUCGAGGGGUACAAGCCACGUAUGCGAAGAUAAGUGAGUUGCACUACUGGGAUGGGAUGACGGACAUGGUCGGAAAAUUCUGUCGAUCCUGCGUACCCUACCAGGAGAGAUCCCGUUUGAGGCAAGAAGAGCUGCUGCAUCCAAGGCUAGAGCGAGAGGUGGGGGUUGUAGUGCAUCUCGAUCUACUUUUCAUGCCGCUUGGGGAUCAGGGCUAUAACUACAUCUUCGAUGCGAGCGAUAAUCUGUCUGGCUUCGUAGAUGGUCGUGCCAUUCGUACCAAGACUGGUUCAGUCUUGGUUAGCUGCAUCGAAGAGUACUACCUGUGUUAUCCUUUCGUCAGGGAGUUCGUAAUGGACAGGGGAUCGAAAUUUACUUGCCAUGAGGUGCAGAAGUUGUUAUCAAGGUCUGACUUUACGAAGACAGCCAUGCCAAGAGGAGGGAAGGGGACACGGCCGCCUCAGAGGCCGUUGGGAGCAUCAAGAGGAUAUGAGCGGCAUGGGCCUCACCAUCAAGAGAGUACUCCAGUGUACGAUGAUGGGGACAUCGAGCUAUUCCUGGACAGCUUAUGGGAUCAUGCGAGGCGUAUGGGCUGGACCGUGGCCCAGGCGAUUGAGAGACAAAGGGGAGCAGACAGAUUCGAGGAGCCCAUCGCGCGGAUCCGUAGGGAGGCGACGACGAGAUCAGAGGUGGAGUGGAGGAUGCAGGAGCUGCGACCCUCGCUUGUGGGACCUGAUGGCAGGCCGAUCCGCCUGGAGAUUGGAAAUGCGUCGGACUUCAUCCCCGCGUUUGAGUGGUUCAUGCAGGGGCAGGGUAUACCAAGAGAUGAUUGGAUGCAGACGCUACCACUCUGGACCAGGAAGGCGGAAAGGCCACUGGCUAGCCAAGUCAGAAGCAUGGCCCGGAACUGGGAGAGCUACAGUGCACAUCUGAGACAGGCCUUUCGACGGCCAGAGCCCCCUCAGCCCAGAGUUGAGAGGCGUCAGAGGAGUCAGAGGCAGAGGGACCCUGAGCCAACGGAGGCGAGACCAUCUCGAGGAGGACGAAAGGCCCUAGCUAGGAGAGAGGAGGAGCCAGAGCCAGAGGCUGAGGAGCAAGGCGCGUACCCUGAGUGUGGGUUGGGAUCAGUGGAGUUCCAUCGGUUUGCCAAAGCUAUCAUCAAGAGCCUGAGGCAGCGAUCUCAGGGAAAGGUGGACAAGCCAGAGAGCAGCCGACAGGGAGAGCAGAGGCAGUCAGGACAUGGUUUGCCAGGACAGCCAUCUGCAACAGAAACUAGCCAGGAGCCACCUAUGGGGAGAGUCAUCCUGGAGCCAGAGGAGGCGAGAGCUCAGAGGGAGGCAGAAAGAGAGGCCUUCGAGUUCAGAGCCCCUACUGAGCUCGCGACGCUACCUAUAGCAGCGGCGGGCCCAGUCAUACCUUUGUCAGAUGAGGAGGGAUUACCACCAUCCAGCAGUGAGCCGGAUCAGGGCUCAACAGAGGGAUCUAUGGACGUGCUCAUUGAGGCGGUGCACUCGAUGCAGGAGGAGGCGAGCUUGUUUUCGCCUGAGCAGAGGAUAGAGGAGCCUCUUGAGAGAGAGAUGGGGAUUGAGGCGGAGGGUGUCAUCGAGGGCAAGCACCAAAGAUUGGGCACACCUGAGUACGGGCCAGGGGGGAUUGAGGAUCGACUAGGGCCGAGUACCCAGGAGAUGGAGACAGGAGAGGAACCUUUGGAUAUGCCUCAGAGCCAUGGCCUGAGCAGGGAGGCUAGCAAAGCACCAUCAUCGCCAGAGUCUCAGAGAGGAAAGAAGAGGUCCAGGAAAUGGUUCGAUACGUCGUGUUUCUUCUGUACAAAGGAGGGGCAUCGAGCCUUGCAGUGUCCUAAGUUCCUGAAGGACAAGGCUGAAGGGAAAGUUACAGAGGAAGGAGGCAGGAUGUAUGAUAGACAGGGCAGGAGAAUAGAGAGAUCUGCAGAUGGGGGUAGGGCUCAACUAUAUAGGCAAAACCGGGCGGAGAUGAGCAACCAGGACUGAGUUUUCCUAUAUGGUUGACAUGUUGCGUAUAGGAUUAGAAUUAG